GCGUUCGUCAUGUUUGAAAAGCCCAGUCCGACCCCGCCAAUUGCGCCAGCUAGCGCCGGCCCAUUGUCCCGCAUUCACGUUACUGGGUCAGCACCGGGAAUCCUGUAUGCCACAGCUAUUACCACAGAACUUGCAGCACAAACGCAAACCCGAAGCCACUUGCCCGCUGCAGCUGACCUUGCGCGUCGUCCCGCAGUAGCACCACCGUCCGCCGGGCUCGGUUGCACAGCUCCCUCAAAGCGCCUCCCUGCUGCGUGUCACAUUACCACCCCCACUCAACAGUCCCGGCGUUUGCUGCUGCAACUGCCGCUGCUGCUCCUGCCACUGCUGCUCCUGCCGACACUGCUGCUACUGCCGCCGCUGCUGCUACAGCCACCCCAACCAUGGGCCUCAUCACCGGCACGCUGCUGGUGGUCGCGGCGGUGGUGACCAGCCCGCUGUGGAUCCCCUUCCUGGCUACUGCCGUAUUCGCACCGCACCUGCUUUUCUUCGUGCUGGGCGCGCUGGCGCUGCUGACGUCACCACUGUGGAUCCCGGCGCUCAUCGUGGGCCUGCCGCUGCUGCUGAUCACCAGCCCCAUCUGGGGCACACUACUGCUGCUGGCAAUCAUAUUCUAAUGCAGCACGGCAAGGCAACGGAGCGAGGACCUAGCGGCUAACGCGCGGGUCAGUUCGGGGUUGUGAGGGUGUUAGGGAGCUGACGCAAUAGGCGUGUUGGUCCGGUUGGUCAGUCCCGGGGGGGAUGGGGUGUUGAGAGAGCAUGGGAGUUGUGUGCAGUGUGCGGGAUGCAUGUUGACAGGCGUGGCUGAAGGCGCCGGAUGGCCGUGGAUUGUGGGCGUAGCUGGCGCGGGGCACAGGCAGCGCUGUGGUGCUUAGAUGCUGCUGGUAGGCGCAAUUGGAGUUGCACGCACGGGCUCAAACUAGCAGUCUGCGCCGCGCUGUUAUGCGUUGGUGCAUUCACCGGAUCCCAAGCCCAGACUCAGCCAAGUCCAGUUUCCUCAAACGGCACUACUGGUCGGCAGCAGGCUGGCUGUGGGCGUGGGCAGCGGGCCGGCCGGCAGUUGCAUGCGAGGAUGCCGUCACCUUGCAACCUCGCCACGGGAAGGGGCAGCUGUCAUCUGUGUCAGGGCUGUCAGUGUCAGUCCAGCAUGGGGUGAUGGGUCGACACACCGUCCCGUGAGCGCUUAGCUAGACAGAGGACCCGGGCAGCGGACCCCUCACACCCCUGGACCGGGCAGCGACCAACCAGGGCAUUUCAAGCUCGGGAUACCAUGGGACAGGGCAAGCGGCACGUUGGCGUAGCCCCAUCGUGUGCAGCGUGUUCCCAGAUCCCGACAGUCAACUUGCCGCGUCAAGGCAAGAUGGCGUGGCUGGUAUAUCGCCGGAGUUCCUGUACCGGGCACUUCAAGCAAGAGGUGCUGUUCAGCAGGGGUGCUGUUCAGUUACUUAG